GCUGUUUUGAUAUCAGUUGAAACAAACCGUUGCCAUUUCUUUAAAAAAAAUGUUUCGGUUAAUAGCUGUGAUGAGGAUGUUGACUGCCUCUGCUACUUGCAUGCUGUGUGUGUCUGGUGUGCGAACAAUAGAACUUCCCACUAAUGAGAAUGUAACAGUUACGGAGGGUCAGCCAAUUACAUUACAAUGUAGCUCUUCUGAAGAUGCCAAGAUAGCAUUAGUUGAAUGGAAGAGAUCUAGCAACAAAACAAAACUUGCUGUGUACCAUUCAAAUAAUACACAUCAUUAUGUUGAACGAAUAACAAUGGAAGUCAACAAUCAUCGUUCCACAAUCUCAAUCAAAGAAGCUCUCAAAGAAGACAAGGACUGGUAUUUUUGCAUAUUUCAGACUUUUCCAAAUGGAAAGCAGGAUUGCAAAAUAUAUUUGGAUGUAAAAGAUAAUACCAUGAUGAAGGAUCCUCAUAUGAGAAAGGUGUCAAUAAGUGUUUCAGUUAUUGGAGCAGCAGUUGUGAUUAUGAUAGUUGUACUGGUGAUAUGGAAAAAGAAGAGAAAACCAGCAGGUAUAGCACUUGACCAAAAACCACAGAAGAACAUGCCAUUUUACCAAAAUGUUGAUAAUGUACCAAACGAGGAAUUUGAUCAAAAUUCAGAAGCAAGUGUGUCCGUGUAUGAAAACGUGGACAACAUAACAAACACCAGCAUGCAAACAAAGCAACCUUGCAAUAAUAGGAAUGUAACAGUUAUGGAGGGUCAGUCAGCUACAUUACAAUGUAGCUCUUCUGAAGAUGCAAAGAUAGCAUUAGUUGAAUGGAAGAAAUCCAGCAACAAAACAAAACUUGCCGUGCACCAUUCAAACUGUACACGUUAUUCUGAUGAACGAAUAAAAAUGGAAGUCAAUCACCAAUGUUCCACAAUCUCAAUUGAAGAAACUCUCAAAUCAGAUGAAGACUGGUACUUUUGUAUAUUUCAGACCUUUCCAAAUGGAAAGCAAGAUUGCAAAAUAUAUUUGGAAGUAAAAGAUGAAGAAGAGAAAUUCCAAGCCUCUUCCUUUCUAGCCAUUUACGUUGUCAUUGGUGUGGUUCUGGCAGUACUAGUCAUUGGCAAGAUUCUCCUACUGAUACGCUAUGUUCAUCUGAGGAAGUCCAGAGUCAACAUUCCAAACCAAAUCAACAUUAUCCUGAAAAACACAGAAGACACCGAUGACCAAGACAGCAAAUUACAGCUGACCAGGCCAAUGGUAACCAACAAUCAAUGUGAAGAUACAGGCAUUGAUUAUAAUUACAUGAGUGUCUCAUUGCAGUGAAAAUUUUCAGAUUCACCUGCAGGCAAAACAUUCACUGUUUUUGAGAAGGCUGGGUCAUUUCGUGCUUUUCCAUUGGUGAACCCAUGCACCAAAGGAUAAGAUGCGAAAACUCAACACACGUUGCUGUCAAUCAUACUUAGAUUUCCAAAGAUGCCAUUGUGUUUAAGAUAAUUCAUUGAUAUUGAAUUGCAUGUAAACUUGCAAAAUUUUCUGCAACAUUUGUGAUAUUUUUGCACAAAAGUAUAUUACGUCCGUGUUAAAAAUGUGUUGUAAAAAUAUACUGGUAUUUCUGGGUAAUUUCCAGACUUUGAUGCAAAUACUUAUUUGCCAGGGAAUUAUUUUACCAGAAAUGAUUUUGUUCAGGUAAAGCAUUAAAAAUAUAUACAGCAAUAUUCAAAUUAAACUUCUGAAGUCUUGCUUCAAACACAGGCAAAUGUGGAAGAAACUAAGACAAGAAAGCACUGUACUGUGAUAUGACUUACUUGUUUUGUUAAAAGAGACUGUUACAUAUUUUUCAGUUUUUCACCUUGUCUCUAGAAGCCCUUUUCCUGGCCUGUCUCUCGGCUAGGACCGGAAUUGUUCAAUGUGGAUGCAGCAGUGUUAUUCUUCCUAAACAAUAAAAUCUGCCUCUGUCUCAACCCCGGUGCCACCCAAUAUAUAAUGGCUUUUCCUUGAUAAGGAGAAGGCACAUUAAAGAUCACUAUGUGUUAGUAAUUUUGUGAUAUGUUUUGCUUUGUUAUUAAUUUAGUCUGCAAACGGUUUACAUGUCUAAUUUUUGAUGAAGUUUUCUGUACCUUUCUUAAUGUACUGAAAGGGAAUAUUGUGAAAGAGAAAUCCAGGCCUCCGAGAAUUCUUAACCUGAUUUAAUUAUUGAACAAUUUCCUAGUUAGUGCCCAGCAGUGGCAGCCUUUGAUAAACAGUUGCACAUCCGUUUUCUGAUGUGAGCGAGAAACUUCAGAUUCGUAUAAAGGAUUUGCAAGGAUGUUGCUGGGAGUGGCUGAAUAGGCUAAAGUUAUUUUCCCUGGAGUAUCAGAGGCUGAAGGGUAACAUUCUGUAGAAUCCACAGAAUCCCUACGUGUGGAAACAGGACAUUCGGCCCACAAGUCCACACCGCCCUCUGAAGAGUGUCCACCCAGGCUCACCACCCCCCACUAACCUAUCCCUGUAACUCCGCAUUUCCCACGGCUAAUCCAUGUAUCCUACACAUCCCUGGACACUAGGAGCAAUUUUAACAUGGCCAAUCUACCUAACCUGCAUAUCUUUGGACUGUGGGAGAAAUUGGGAGGACUCGGAGGAAACACACGCAGACAUGGGGAGAAUCUGCAUUCAUCACACAGACAGUCACCCAAGGCUGGCAUUGAACUUGGAUCCCUGGCACUGUAAGGCAGCAGUGCUAACCACUGAGCCACCGUGAUGUUCGAAAAGAGGUUUAUAUAAAAUCAUGAGAAGUAUGGACCGGGUCAAUAGCCAGGUCAUUUUCUCAGGGAAGGGGAGUCCAAAACCAGAAGAAAUAGGUUUAAGAUGAGAAGGGAAAGAUUUAAAAGGAAUGUGAGGGACAACUUUUUUGCUCAGAGGGUAGUGCGUGUAUGGAAUGAGCUACCAGAGGAAGUUGUGGAGGUUGGUACUAUUACAACAUUGAAAAGGCAUUUGGAUGAGUACAUGAAUAGGAAGGGUUUAAGAGGGAUAUGGGCCAAAUGCAGGCUAAUGGGUCUACAUCAUUUUAGGGUAUUUUUUAACAUAAAUAAGUUGGACCAUAGGGUCUGCUUCCAUGUUGUAUGACUCUAUUCUUACUGUGUAGAAAAAGAUAGCAUGGUUUUUGACAAAGCUUUCAAUUGCUGCAAGAAAGUAUAUGAUGCAGACUUAUUAAACAAGUGUCAAAAUUUCUUCAAGUUUUCCAAUUGACCCCUGUAUUGUAUUUUGCAUUGCCUUAUAUUUGUAUAAGCCUGUUAAACACUGACAAGGAAUCACAGUAUCCCCCCUUCAGGACAGCUAAGCAUAUCAUGUAUUUUAACUUGUUCUGGACAUUUUUGUGUGGCUUUUAAACUGGUAGUGAUUCAGAGUGAUCAAUUUAAAGGAGAUUAAAUGAUGCUCUUUGAUGGAAAUCAUUAACUAAAUUUUAUGCAGUACUGGUUACUUUUCAUAAUAGGCAAGAUUAUUGUA